AUGGGUCCUCAGCUACACUUCAGCAGCACCUACUCAGAGGAAUUCAGUUACCCGGCUCGAGUCAAACCUACCCGGCCCAGACCUUCCUCUGCAUAUCGCAGGAACAAUCCUCAUCCACGGCCGGACUUCCUGAUACCAAGAACACUGCAGACAGGAUAUGGCUCACGGAAACACUUUCAGACAACAUCUACCUCUUUUCUACCUCCAGUCAGACACAUAUCAGUCCAGUAUCCAGACGUACAAACAGCACAUGGACAGUUGAUGCAGAGCUCAUCACAAAAAGACUCCAAACCACCUGAGGCCUCGUCUGCAGCUUGUACACUGCCACCUGCUGCCUGGCUUCUCAAACCGCAACAAACCAACUUUGCUCAUGCAACAGUCACAAACACACAAGGGAAAUAUUCAGACACAGAUCGUAUCAGAUCAGCCUGGAACCAACAGAUGGACAGCAUGCCAUCUUUAAAACCCUUCAAACGCCAGGUUACCCAUCAUCACAGAAGAUCACGCUCAAAAUUCACAACUGAUCGCAGCAUAAACAAGGCUCUUAAUGUUUCUGAAUGUCUGAGAUUAUCCCUUUUAAAUCCAGAUGUUCUGGUUUGCAGUGAAGGACACAGCUGUUUCCAUGUGGUGAAACCAUAUAAAGUUGGACACUACAUCAUCCACCCAGAGUUUGUAUCAGAAGCAAAGCACUACUAA